GAACCAAUGAAAAGCGACCACGAUUUAAGCUAUGCAGGCGUUCUCAGAUGAUCGUGGAUGAUCGUGUAACGUCUGCUACGAUGGCAGGAGUAAAAUUAAAUUGGCUGUUUUUCAUAAAUUUAAUAAUGUGCUUUGUAUUAUCGAUAGCUGGGAGAGAUUUUUAUAACAUAUUAGGUCUAUCACGUAGCGCUAGUACACAUGCAAUUAAGAAGGCUUAUAGGCGAUUAGCCAAGGAGCUACAUCCUGAUAAGAAUAAGGAUGAUCCAGAUGCCUCUCAAAAGUUUCAAGAUUUGGGGGCGGCGUACGAGGUACUGUCAGAUUCCGAGAAAAGGGAAAUGUAUGACAGAUGUGGAGAGGAGUGCUUGAAAAAGGACGGCAUGAUGAAUAGUAAUAUGGAUCCUUUCGCAAGUUUCUUUGGUGACAUUAACUUCCAUUUUGGUGGUGAAUCACAUCAACAACAUCAAACUCCUAGAGGUUCAAAUGUUGUAGUGGACCUGUAUGUCACUUUAGAAGAAUUAUAUAGUGGAAAUUUUAUUGAGAUUACGAGAAAUAAACCGGUUAUAAAGACAGCAAAAGGAACAAGAAAGUGUAAUUGUAGACAGGAAUUAGUUACUCGCAAUUUAGGAAAUGGUAGAUUCCAAAUGAUGCAACAGUCUGUGUGUUCGGAAUGUCCAAAUGUGAAAUUGGUCAAUGAGGAACGUAUAUUGGAGGUAGAAGUUGAGCCAGGAAUGGUAGAUAAUCAAGAAACUAAAUUUACUGCAGAAGGAGAACCACAUAUUGAUGGAGAACCAGGAGAUUUAAUAAUAAAGAUACAAACUUUACCUCAUCCUGUCUUCGAAAGAAAAGGCGACGACUUAUAUACAAAUGUCACAAUAUCGUUGCAAGAUGCCCUAUUAGGUUUCACAGUAGACAUAAAACAUUUAGAUGGUCACAUAGUAACUAUCCAAAGGGACAAAAUUACUAAACAUGGUGCCCGCAUUCGAAAAAAGGGCGAAGGAAUGCCUAAUUACGAUAACAACAAUCUCCAUGGUGCUUUGUACGUUACUUUUGAUAUUGCGUUCCCUGAUAACGACUUUACAGAGGAACAAAAAGAAGAUAUAAGAAAAUUACUGCAACAAACUUCGGUGAAUCGAAUAUAUAAUGGUAUACAUGGCAAUUGAAUAUUUAAGCUCAGUAUAUGUACAAAGUAAUGAGUGCGAAAUGAGUGCUUUGGUUGGUAUGUAUGUCUUUGUGUGUUUGUAUUAAGAGCGAUAUUCUUGCUUCCUUACUGAAGAAUACCAAGAGAAUCAGUAAAUCCAGUUGAUCGUAUUGAAUGCAUAAAUUGAUUAAUAUAAGUUUCUACACAAAUUCAUCAAAUGAAUUUUAUUUAGAUGUAAGACUGGUUAAACAUAGUUCUUGUUGCCAGUUAUUUAAAUUAAUAACUUGGUUCUCGUUGCCAAUUAUUUGUUGAAUGUCAACAAUAUAAUUAAACAAUUUAUUUAGUAAUUUAAAUUAUAUUGUGUUCAAUUGAAAUACAUUCAUAAUAUAGGAAAAAUUUAUAUGUACGUGGGCAGAUUUUGCAUUUAAUAUCGUGAAAUAAGACCACGUAAAAAUGAAUAAAUUAUUAAUAAAUUAAUAAUAAAUCGUACUGAUGAACCACAUUUAUAUUAUUAUUAAUAAUGUAAAGUUGGCAAAUAUCCUACAUUACAUAAAUACACGAUCCCUUUGCAAAAAAGUUUUGAACAUGAGCAGCAUGAAAUAUAUAUAAUGAAUAUAAGUAUCAUAAAAUAAGAUUAAUAAACAUGAUACAUUUGUAGCCAAUUUUUUAAUUAAAAAUAUACCCAUGUGUAUUUUAAGUGA